AAAGAAGAAUAAAAAGUAGCGGUGGAGGGGGGUGGACUGUUGUUCCAAUACGUACCCGGACCGGUCCAGCACCACCAACCCGGACUCCAGUCAGAAUAACGGAGUAGGAGCAAAGGCCACACUGAAGCAAGGGAGCCAAGAGCCCAGCCCUUGUUUUCAUCUUCAGCUGCAGGUUCGUAAGCCCUCCUCGGCCACACAAUGACGUCCGAGCUGGAGAGUAGCCUCACCUCCAUGGACUGGCUGCCACAGCUCACCAUGCGCGCAGCCAUCCAGAAGGCAGACGCAACACAGAAUGCCCACGGACCGGGCAUGACCAAGAAGAACGCCUUGCUGGACCCCAACACCACUCUGGACCAGGAGGAGGUCCAGCAGCACAAGGACGGCAAGCCCCCGUAUAGCUACGCCAGCCUCAUCACAUUUGCUAUCAACAGCUCUCCAAAGAAGAAAAUGACUCUGAGUGAGAUUUAUCAGUGGAUCUGUGAUAAUUUCCCUUAUUACAGAGAGGCUGGCAGUGGUUGGAAGAACUCAAUUCGGCACAAUCUAUCACUGAACAAGUGUUUCCUCAAAGUGCCUCGCUCCAAAGAUGACCCAGGGAAGGGGUCAUAUUGGGCAAUCGACACAAACCCAAAGGAGGACUCUCUGCCCACCCGGCCAAAGAAGAGGCCCCGAUCUGGAGAGCGGGCCUCAACUCCAUACAGCCUGGACUCUGAGUCUUUGGGAAUGGACUGCAUCAUCUCUGGAAGUGCCUCUCCGACUCUGGCAAUGAACACUGUGACUAACAAAGUAGCGUUGUAUAACACAGAUCAGGAUGGGAGUGACAGUCCCCGGAGCAGCCUUAACAACAGCCUCUCAGACCAGAGCCUGGCAUCUGUGAACUUGAACAGCGUUGGCAGUGUGCACAGUUACACACCGGUAAGCAGCCACCCUGAGCCUGUGUCCCAGUCCAUGACUCUACAGCAGCAGCAGCCACCGUCGCAGGCUCAGUACAGCAUGCCAGAGCGGGACAAACAACUCCUCUUCUCCGAGUAUAACUUUGAAGAUCUCAGUGCCUCCUUUCGCAGCCUUUAUAAAUCAGUCUUUGAGCAGUCUUUUAGCCAGCAGGGUUUGAUGACUAUGCCGUCGGAGUCAGCGCAGCAGCAGACCCACACGUCCUGUUCCUACCAACAAUCCCCUAGCAGCACAGUGAGCACUCACCCACACAGCAGCCAGAACAGUCUGACAAACAGUGGGGGACAAGUCCCCCUGUCCCACCCCCAACAAAUCCACACGCAACAGCAGCACCCGCAGAACACCCAUCCUGUGCACACUUCCCCACAUCCCCAGCAGCACAGCCAGCACCUUUCCCAGCACCCUCAGCAGCAUGGGCAGCACCCCCAGCAACAUGGGCAGCAUCCUUCCCAGCAUCCUCAACAGCACGGACAGCAUCCGUCCCAGCACCCUCAGCAACAUGGGCAGCACCUUUCCCAGCAUACUUCCCAACAGCAUGGGCAACACCCUUCCCAGCAUGCUCAGCAGCAUGGACAGCAUCCUCAGCAACACGGACAGCACCCUCAGCAGCAUGGGCAGCACCCCUCACAGCACCCACAUGCACAGCAGCACCACCCGAACCACCAGCCCCUCUCGCACCAGGCCCAUCCGGCACAGCAACAGAUGCCCUGCAACACUGGUCUCCCAUCAGACUGGUACCCCAAUCUCGAUGCACUGAAAGAGAGCUGCCGCAUUGCUAGCAGUUAUAACUGGGCUGACGUGGACCUUUCACCGUUUCAAGGAUUAAAGGAGAGUAUGAGGCAGGCAGACCUCAAUAACUGGUCCCUGGACCCUUCCCAGAUUGCAGACCUCUGCUCGUCUAUCAACCAGUUUUUCACUCGGACUGGAGUCAUCCCGCCACAGGGAGUCGUCCAACCACCUGUGUGUCACACCAUGCACUCAAACAAGCCUAGCCAGCACAUUGCUCCAGGAAAUAUAUACAUUGACUCCAGACAAAGCCUUCCAACUUCAAUGAUGGGGCCCCCAGGUUAUCCCCACAUCCCCCCUCUUAACAGUGCAGGACCGACGAUGACAGGACAUCAUGCGGCAAUGAACCAGCAGCACAUGCUAUCUCCUGCAAACUUCCAGAUGCGCCGGCUGCCUGCGGAUGAUAUCCAGGACGAUUUUGACUGGGAUUCCAUCGUCUAGGCCUCCCCUGGACUGAAGGGAGGGGAGCGGGAGUUUGCCGGGCCGUGCUGUCCACUUGCUGUGGAGGGAGACAAUCUGGACGGGAAUCUUCAGAAGUACAUGCGUCAUUUUGACAAGAGACUUCGGAGUCCUGAUCUUUAAAAAAUAAAUAAAAAUAAAUAAAUAAAUAAAUAAAUAAAUAAAAGUUACUUUGAAGACAAUCAAAAUAUAUAGUAGGACAAGUUUAAAUUAUCGCUUUGUACUUGUCAAGGGGGCAAGAGUAGAUGUUUUGUCAAGUACACCCCUCCUCCUCACAGAACUCCUGUAACUUCUUACUGUUGUGAGACGGGACAGCUUUUCAGAUUAUAACCUUCUCGUGUUGCCCGACAGGCCUCAGCUUCCACUUGGACAUGGUUUUCUCCAUAUGCGUAACAACUCCGUCCCCUUUUGAGCAGUCAGGCUGGGUCUGCUAAUUGAUUCUCAUGCCGUUGUGAGAUCUCAGCAUAACAAAGCAGGUUGAAAUUAGGCAAAGCGCCAUCAGUUUGUAUGUUUUCAUUUCAUGGAUUGAAAGCUACAUUGAAGUAAUACUUUUAAUGGGGUUUAAAUAACUGGUCUUUGGUUUUUCAUUUUCAAAACCAAGGACUGCUUAUAUAGCACUAAUAGCUCAAACAAAGGGACUGUUUAAUGCUUCUUCCCUUACAGUAUGGUGAUUUUAUGUCUGUUUUUUUCACAGCAAAUCUCACUGUAGGAUUGAGUAUAAACAUUUGCUUGUAGAAAUAAAUCCCUGCUCGAAUACAAUAACCCAUAGUGUGCAAAUGCUGUUAAAGACAAUUCACUUCUGAAUUCUCAUCAUGGACAUUAGAUUUUGAAAUCUGGAGACACAGGAGGCACCCCUGUCCCCUAGUGCAGACUGCACUAUGUGAAGGCUUUUGGUACAACCACAGUUCAGUGUCAGUUCUAAAAGCUACUGACAUGGGCCAUUAAGUGUGCCUCCUGGAGAAAAGGAAAAAGACAAUGUGUGUUUGUCAUGUGGUGAGUUGUUGGUAUUGAAACUCCUGACUCAAAGCCAGGCAAAGGGGUUUAGCUCUUGUGUCUCCACACAUUUCCAGCUGAGGGUCGUCCACUGUGCCGGGCAUGAUGAGCCAGAAGUAGUUUGGCAAAAUUGCUCCUAAUUUCAAAAUCAAUUGCAAAAUUCUAAGCUAUUCACAAAUAAAUAAAACAUUUUUAUGAGAUCAGUUUUUUUAUUUUAUUUUUAUUUUUUUACUUGCACAUCUUAUGUUGUUUUGAGUGUGUCCUUAAGUGUUUUGUGUGUGUGUGUGUGUGUGUGUGUGUUGUUUUUCUAGGAUAGCACUCCAGUUAAAGCAAGCCUCUGCUUUCUUUCCUUCCAACACGCUCAUGGGUCAAGAGUAGCCUGCCUGAACAUCCAUGGCAGGUAAAUUAGUGGGUGGGGAUUUUCGGUUUGUUUGCUCUGUUUUUACGUUUCUAGGAGUGACCUUUUAAUUUAAGAGCCUGGUAACCAACCAACUAGUGAUUAUCUUGCAUUUGUUAUUGCAUGGGGGGGAUUUUUUAGUAAAUGACCUGCCUGUUUUAUGCCCCAGUUGGAAAUGGCUCCAGAUGGAAAUGUUGCACUGUUGACAAAUUGAAAAUCUUGGUUGCCAGGUGUCAUAUUUCAGAGAUAAACCAACAUACCAACAACCAGUGCAGACAAAUUAGUAUCCUAAACCUGUAUUCGUUGCAUGCUUUUAUGGUCAUUGUGGUUAGUAUGAAAGGCCAUGCCUCUGUGCUAUUGUUGAAUAGUAUUGCGUUUGCAGGAUAGUGUGCCAUCUAGUGUUAAUUUCUGCAUGAAAUAUUUCCAAAUGAACAAGAUGGGGUAUUUCCCUGUGGAGUGGAUAGUUGCAGGUUGCUUUGGACCCCUGACACUGUGAUGUAUUUAAAUGAUAAAAAUAGAGAUGUGGUAAAAACAUGUUGGGUUAAAAUGCAUUAGUUUAGACUACCAGUAGGUUUGAAAAACUCCCCAUAGGAGAGGUGAGAGUCGCCUUACCACAGGGGAUCCUUGUUUUGAAUCUCAGCUUAGCCCCCGAUUCACUGUGUGACCAUGAGGGAACACCCUGUGCCUUAGUUUGAAAUUGGGUGCAACAAGACCUCCACUGGUAAAGAGGUUUGCUGUCUUGAUCAACAAUAUAUUAAGAAAUCAUUUGGUAAUUAAGUGUGUGGGGGAAAUGGGGGCAGGGUAUGCAUUGUGUUGUGUAGAGAGAAACGGGGCAGGUUAUGCAUUGUGUUGUGCAGAGAGAAACAGCAGGUUUUGCAGAGAGAAACGGGGCAUGUUUUGCAUUGUGUUGUGCAGAGAGAAAUGGGGUAGCUGCUGAAGGUUAAAUGUAAAUUAAUCAUAAGUAUCAUCUUUAAUGUAAUCGAGCACAAAACGGGGACAUUUUGACAAACUGUUUAGGGAAUACAAGGAUUCAAAGUCGAGCACUUUUGGGAGAAGCUUAUACAAGCAUUUAGCACUGACUAACAUUGUGAAAGGCCUGGUCCUCUUUUGAAAAGGACAGGAACUUCAAGCAAGGCCUCAGACCUUGGGAAGAGAGCUCUUACAAGCAAUGCUACUGAGGCAAUGCAAGCCAAGCUAACGAUGCAGCGUUUCCCUUGGCUCUAAGAAAAAUUCUCCAGUGCUGAUGUGCCUGCAGGGGGAUUAUUUCUCUGCCCGUUUCAGUUUCACCUCUCCUAGGUGUGCACUGUAAUUAGAAAGCAGGAUUUAGGGGGAGGCAGUGGACUAGUUCUGAUAACCCCCUGCUCUUUUUCACAGUGUUCACCACACACAGAUACACAGGAGAUUAAUUUUGUGCUGCAAGUGGUGUCAAUGCAAGUCUUACCAAAGCAGUGUCUUUAUUUUCUACAUGUGUUUUACAAGCUUGCACAUUGAUGCUAUAACCAGCUGUCCUGUUUGGCUCUCAUAAUUGUUGCUGACACACAGUGGAGUUUGGUUUUGUUUUAUUGUGUGAUUGUAUUGUAUUCCUUAAAUUGCUAACUGUGAAUACUAAGGGUGUCAUGCUGGCAGUUUUCUUUUUUCAGCAAAAUAAACAGUUGAAAAAAAUGGGAAGUGCUGUUAGUUAGCAGAAGUGUAAGGGAAGGAUGGGUUUAAUUAUCAUUGUCUGAUUUCACAGACCCAGAUUAGCGAUAGUUUUGGACUGCCUUACUUAAGGUAACAUUCUGUAGUCCAAAGCUUUGAUGUGUUAGGGUGAUGCCCACAGCUGAACGAAUAACCUUGAGUCUUGAUGCCUCUACUUUUAGAAGUUAUAUUUCCAGAACCUCCCCCCCUAGGAUUGCAGUGGGUCAUGUCUGGACUCAGGAGCUGGAGCCGAGUGGGGUUGCCUGUGAUCUGCCUCUGGAUCUGGGUCUUCAACUCUAACCACGUGGUUGUCAAGUCCAGGUGCCCCUGUUGUAACCCCCCUUUUUUAUGAUCGUCAUAGGGCUACCACUGUAGCCACUGACUAUAUUAAGUCUCAAAGGAUUUCUCCGAGUGCUGUUUAAAACUGUCCAAAAGUGCUAUUCCCAGCUUGCUUUGCCAGCUGCUUUAUUUCAGUUGCUAUACUUGGAAGUAAAGAUGCCAUGCAGAAUUGUUUAAAGUAUAAUUUAUUUACAAAACUGGAAAUAAACAAAAGCUAGCGAGUGAACUUUUGUUAAACCUUGGUAGUAUCAACAGUGUUCCCCAGUUCACCAUCCCAUGCAACUCAUUCAUCCAUAUUGCACUCCAGUUUAUUUCUACUGGGUAGACCCGAUUUGAACCUUUCCAGUUGUGUAAACUGUGUUGCAUCUUCACAAGGCUGCCAGGGCGUUGUUUUCAGUGGAUAGAGGGGUACUGCACAAUGACGGGUAAUUAAACCCAGGAACUGCACAAUGACCAGUGAUUUAAACCCCUUUCAUCCAGACAGUGGGAUGUUUCAGACCUAUCUGUUUCUAAACCUUAAGGAAUACAAAUGCACAACAAUCAAAGGCUAUUUGUCAAAGUUGUGAAAUUGAUGUAUUUCAGGAUCACAAACAUGUAACUUUGACAUUUUCCAGUUGCUGGGCAAAACCCAGCUUUCCUCCACAGAAAAGUUUUUUUCAAAGGCAUCUGUGUAGUCUUUACUCAUUGGAACCCUCAAUUUGCCAUGCCUUACUAUGGGUAUUACUGGCCUUGAAUAGAAAAACUACUUCUUAAAAAGCAAAGUAACCAAGGCCAAGCCCUGCUUCAGUGGCUGUUAGGUGUGUCUUCUGUAGGUUUGAUACAGUAUGGGUCAGCUGAAUGUCACUUCCAUUAGUUAGCUACUUAUUACUAUAGAGUGCAGUCUGCACCAAAGGUAAACACUCCAGUAAUUUUAUAUAAGUAGAAGGUUUUCUAAUAAACCUUAUCACUGCAUUUUUUUAUAACAUUGCCAGUUUUCAUUUCACAACAAUGGUACGAAUUGCACACUGCAGUAAAAAGCUUUGAUGAAUAAAGCCAUUGUAGCCGUAACAGAAGCUCAAUCACUGGCAACUCCUAACCAGGGUGCAGUAACUGACAGUAAUUGUGUGUUAUUAGGUGUCAUCAGAAUUGUACUCAAAAUUGGUAAUGCCAAAAAAAUGUGUACCUAUUUGUUAAAAUACUAAUGAGUUAGAAUUCCUGUUGCCUCCCAGCCAAUAUAAAUCCUCACCCAUUUUAUUUAAUCCAUCUGUAUUAUGACUACGUUUUUAAAGCAUGGGCUGCUAGUAAUUCUUUCUACAUGUUGUAUGAGCAAACCUAAAGUGAGUUAGGAUAACUGCUUUAACAAGUGUUCCUAAACAAUACUGUUCAAAUGUGCUUCCUGUUUCCUUUAGAUAUACAUAUGCAUUUUGUGUGUAUUAUGUUGGAUGAUAUUUUGAAGUUGGCUCCUGACAAAGCUACAUUAAAGACAAUGGUGCCUUCCUUUUUUUUUGGGGGGGGGGG